UUCUCAUUUUGGGUUGAAUGUGGAAGUAUUUAGACGGGAUCGGGAUGAGAAUAUGAGCAUUUCCACGUCUUCAUCAUAGUACUUGCUACGCAUAUGACGUGCGAUCAGUUUACCUUGACUCCAAUAUGAGUGUCAAACUAGAAACGCGGAGGUGGUCAAAGACAGUAAAUCACCUCGGCCACGGCCCUUAUUCGCUCUAGGUACAAUGCCGCGUGUGCACUGACUGUCCAUGUUGUCUGGUAUGGGCAGUGCUCAACGGUUCGACGCCGAAAAGGGUCAUUCGAGAGGGCACACAACCAUAGAGGUUCCCCUUCUCAGCUGUCUCAUGCUUCCGCAUAUUGCUAUCUUCUACUGCCCUGUCCAAGUUAGUUUACUUCUCCUUCCCUUCUCUGCUUCCUGAGAGACAUGUUUCUCGGGAUCACGGGCAGAUCUAUACCGCAUCACCUUCCGAUCGAUCUUACUUUUUGGCACGGGCGUUCGUGCGGGCUUGCUUUUCUUCUUAUAAGCUCGACUGCCGGCUGGCUCGUCAUUCUCAAUUCCAUGGUCGACAUUCCCGCUCUUUUAAUCUUUUCUUACUGGCCCCAGUGUGCAGACAGCUUCCAUUCUCUUUCCCUACUACAGUCGUUACUAGUUACAAGAACCAACCUCCCUCUCUGUCUGCAUACACAAUAGAGGGGCGUUAUACCUUAUCGCUCCUUGCGUGGCUGUUCUAUUGGCUACGCUGUUGAAGGCACUUCCAUCCCUCGUUACUUUGCGUCUCUCACUGGUCAGAAUUGACUGACCAGCACAACAAAUUGCAUUGAUUCCAUUCAAUGGCACAAGGUUGGCAUGCACCGGUACAGAACUACACGUCACAACAGAUGCCACUACUAUCGCCAGUAGAGAAUACGGGGCUUCUGUCGCCGUUCUCCAUGACUUCCCAAGAUACAAAGCAUCCAAAUACUGCCCAAUUCGACACCUACGACGCUGAAAGGAUGAUGCAACCUAAGCUUGAGGAUAACUCGCCGAAGGCUAUCUUGCCAUACCCCCCAUCGCAUUCUAUCGCCCAACACUCGCGGAUGGAGCAAGGCCAUUCUAAUAGACGAACCAACUCAAGAAUUCAACGAGCCAGGCGUUACCGCAGGAUAAUCACCCAGUCGUCGCAGUACAGGGCAUACCGAACGAAGCAGGAUCAGCAACAAGAUGGUCAGAAGUGGUCUGCGGACUUGGAGGAGGCGUUUCUAGAUGCUUUCCUUGACGUCCCAAUGAUGGGUAAACUCAUGUUCCAAAUCAACGGGAAACCCCACGGGCGCAACCAGUUGAUAGCAUUAUACAUGUGGAUUGCGUAUGAGAAAUCGCUGCCACCCAAUGUCCGCCCUGAUAAAACGAAACGCCGUACCCAGAAGCAGGUCUCCAGUCACAUCCAGGUCUUGAAAGGGUACAUACGGACUGAUCCUGCCUUCCAGCAUAUAUUCCGCUCGGCGGACGAGAAGCCAAAGUGUAGCAACAGGGACAUGCUGAACAACGAUCCAUGCCUCAUAGCCCUUGCGAACAAUACAUUGCCCCACUGGCGUUCAGCACCCUCGCCCAUUAGCAUGGCAUCGAUACGGCCCUGCCUGUUUGAUCUGUGCAUGUCGAUUCCGAAAUUCAAUGGCCAUUACGAGCGUCUACACGAGUACUUGGACCCAGAACCACUCGUGUUAAGUCCGACCGGCAUUGAAGAAUCGCUACCAAACUGGCGCCGACAAUUUCCUCAAAUCGUACAUGGCUCGGCGGCAGCCCGCGGUUUGGGUUGCAGCCUCAUCCACGUCGAUGUUUCUUUGACUCUGAGAUAUGCUAGUGCUCCUGCGGAGGCUGAGUUAUUGGGUAACUUCGAAAUAGCCGUUCCGUCGAAUAAAAGCCAUUUGAAGUGGCGCAGCGUACAAACCGUACAAAGGCACAAAGACUUGUUCGGCGCUUCUGGGUCGGAUCUAAUUUCAACCAAUAAUUCCCCACUCCAUGUGGACCGAUUCGAGGAGGGCACUGGCGCUAUAAUGCGUUUGGCAUUUCCCGCUCUUCCAUGGGCACACGCUCUCGGAAAGAUGGACGACUUUCAGGGGCAGUUUGAGGAAAGUCAACGAGGUGGACUAUACCAUCCAGUUCAAGUGGGAGCUCGCCAAUACAUUGACCAGAUGACCAUGUACCAGGAGGUCUUCUCAUCGACCGACUACGGCCGCUCUUGGACGAAGAAGGUUAUAUUGGUUUGGACAUUCAACAAGGCCAACCAAGAUGAGAGAGGGCUGAUUACGUGGCGUCACAUCCACACAGCUCCUCUGGGACAGUCAUUGUUGUCUCCUCAUCCAGACAAUAGCCAGGACAUGCAAGCUGCAAUGGACAAUAACUUCAAUACCACGGGUCGUGCACCAUUACUUUCCAUCCAGCCUAUAUAUUACGACUCCGUACCCAAUGAUCUUAUAACACCUUCCAACUCGCCCGCUCAGCCGUCGCCAUUUUCUCAAUACGGCAAUCCAACACACGAGGAUAUAGUGCCCGAGAACAUGACCUUUAUGCCUCAUAGCACUCAACAAAGUGAUGGGGCCAUUGCAGAGCAAGCUCUACAUAUGAACUACAUGGUCGACAGCGACCCCGCCAACCUCCACGGCUUCGAGCAAAACGCUAAUAUGUGGCAAACUCAUCCCAACCUACAACGUUUUGAAAACGAUGGCUACCUAUCAUCAUACAGUACUCCUAUUCCCACUGGUGAUAUUGCCCAAGAUUUCAAAGUAAAUUGGCGAGAACCUCAAGAUUUGGAUUGGUGGCAUCGGUCAUGCGUGCAGCCACGCCUUCAAAAUUGACCAUUAUCACACGGCACUUUUAAUAAAUGACGAGUGACAGCUUGCACACCGAGCUAUGCCUUCAAAUUCCCUUCGUACUUUGUGCUCCAGCGACUAAUGGAAGCACACGCUGGACGACCUUAUCCCGUUUCUCAUCUCAAUUCGUUUCUCAUUUGCCAGCAUGCUAGCACCGAUACCCUUUUUUAAGUUGCAAGAAGAUAAUUUCUAUUCUUUUCCUGGCCUUCCAUAAUAUGUUUAAUCUCCCACGGAGGCUCUGUCUUGGUUUAAAGGCCCUAAUUCCUGUCACUUUCUCGGGGCGCCUUGGGGUGUAAGGCGGUUGGAUAAUGGGCCGGGGGUUAUUAUGGCGUUGGCGUAUGCCUGGUUCCUUUUUAUGAUGGAGAUGUUGCCAAUCACUCUAUUUGGGUAGAAGGUAGAUGGCACAUAUAUCAAGCAUAGAUUGAGCGCAUUAUGUUCCAUAUGGUUCGCUCUGGUAGCAUAAAAUACUUUAUUAUAUUCUCCCACAGCUCUGUCAUAUGUACAGCUAAUAUCAUAAAUGGG